CGCAGUAAUGCUGGCAGCGAAUCGCCAUGGGCCUGACCAGCAGCAGCUCCAAGCAGCUCGCAUCACAUUUCGGUGAGGAAGAAGCUGCCGGCCGGCGGGGACCCACGCUGGGAUGCGUGCUGCUUGAGGGCGAGGCUGGUUCCUACCAGCUCCUGGUCGUUACUCCCCUGAAGAUCCAGGUCUACGACGGCCAUAGUGCCAAGGUCCUUCAGGCGCAGGAAUCCGUGGAGUCGGCGCUGAGGAGCCAUGCGCCCCUCACAGCUUUCUGCCAGGGGGCGAGCACUUCCAGCUCCUCGCAGAUGGCAGUGGGAUGCCAGGACGGCGCCGUGCUACGCUUCAACUUGGGGUGUGCCCUCGGGCCUGAGCUUCAUUUCGAGGAGGAGAACCUGGGUGCCGAGCUGCCGGCCCUGGCGAAGAGCAUCACCGCGCUUCAUAUGUAUCGGGGCCAGCUCUUUGCGGGCACCUGCGGCCGUUGCUUUUGGCACCUGGACGGCGAGCAGCGGGAAUUCCACCUGCCCAGGACUCCGGAGGGUGAGCCACCCACGGCCACGUCGCUGGUUGCUGUGCCGAAGGAAGCUGGCUUGCAGCUUUGGGUCGGAAUGGACACUGGCAGCCUAGCCGUCUUCGAGGUUGAGACAGGUAUGCUUGUGCGGACCUUCAGCUGUGGUGGCCCCGAGAUUGUGGUGGCCCUGGCCUUCUCGGAGAAGACCUCGGUGGUCUUUGCGCUCUCCGCUCACAAGCGAGUCGGUAUUUGGGACACCGACUCCUAUGCCUGCCUGCAGAAAUACCCAGCGGAGUUGAUGACGUGUGGCGCCGAUCUGAGCGCCAUGGGGGCCUUCGAUGUGGUGUCGCUGGGCAUGUCGCUACUGGUGCUGGCGGGCGUGGAUGGAUCGCUCUGCUUGCGCCGCAUCACGCGGCGCGAAGACCGGAAGCUGAACUGCAUCCUGCUGUGGUACCUCGGAGAUGGCGGAAUGGAAUGCCCCAUCACUUCUGUCAACUUUCAUUAUGAGACAGAGACGGUGCUUUUGGGUGAUGCUGGCUGCCGCGUGCAGCUGCAGAACAUCAAGGAGCAUGUGAGUACAUCGCAGGAGAUGCUUCCUGUGCGCAAAGCUGCCAGUCAGGUUCCAGAGCCCGCCGGUGCCGCGGCCGGAGCGAUGCCAGGCGCCACUGAGCCGCCCUUGCCGCCGCCGCCGCAACCGCCUUCGCCCAGUCAGAUCAGCCCCGCCGCCGGGGAGCCGCGGCGCGACGCGGAGCUGAGCCCGGGCGCGGAGCCGGGCGCGGCGGAGGGCGCGGCUGAGGGCGCGAACGCGGCGUUCCCGGUCUUCGCGGGACAGAGCGACUGAGAGGUCCCAACCCGGAGACAGGGGCUUGAGACACGGGCUUGCGAGAUGCGUGGCGCGAUGUUCUGUUU